GGCCUCUCAAGCACAAACAAAGGGGAGUCAGGACACGAACAAGCAUGGGUUCUGGUGGCGAUGGUGGUAACUUGAAAAACGCCAUUGUAGCAUUUUUAGCUCCCCUUCCCUCCAUACUCUUCUACCUCUCCUUCCUUAACAGUAUUAAUGCUUCUACUGGGAGUGAGGGAGAUUCGCUUUCUCUUCCUCCGCUUUGGACAUGGUGCUAUCACCACCCACUUCUGCUAGCCAACGCCCUCUUCUUCCUCAACGUUAACGUGCUCUUCUGGCUCAUCGGCCAUGUCCAGGACAGCCACUGGAUGAUAGAUUUGUAUUGGACGGUGAUACCGGUGAUGCUUGUUCAUUACUACGCAACUCACCCUUUGGCUCACUUCAACUGGUGGAGGUCGAGGAUCGCGAUGUUGAUGACCUGGGUGUGGGCUUUAAGGCUCAACCAUAACUACUUCAGGCGUGAAGGCUGGCGGUGGGGCGCCAGGGAGGACUGGAGGUUCACCGAUAUGCGCCAACAGUACGGCAAGCACUGGUGGUGGGUGUCCUUCCUCGCCGUCUACCUCUCUCAGCAGGUAUUUCUGAUUGGAGUAACCCUCCCAUUGUAUGUUUUACACUCGGUCAAUGAGCCAUUGAACAUCUGGGAUUUAAUUGCAAUCGUUGUCUCCGUGUGUGGCAUCAUUGUCGCGUACCAUGCGGACACACAACUCCAUGACUUUGUGACUAGGAACAGCAAACUAAAGGAGCUUGGAAAGCCAAUGGUACCCAAUCUUGACAAGGGCUUGUGGAAUUACUCCCGGCAUCCAAAUUACUUUGGAGAGCAGUUGUGGUGGUGGGGACUGGUUAUAUUUGCAUGGAACCUGGGACAUGGAUGGACCUUUUUCGGAGCGCUUAUCAAUAGUAUGUGCUUAGCGUAUGUGACUAAGCUUGUAGAGGACCGAAUGCUGAAACAAGAUUACAGAGCUGAGGCAUACAGGAUUUACCAGAAGACAACUUCAGUGUGGAUACCUUGGUUCAGGUCAUCCACGAUAGGAGGAAAAGAUAAAAGCAAUUGAGUUGAUAUAUUGGGCCUAAGCUCUGGUAGUUAAUUAUCUUUAUCAGCAUUAUCCUUUAUAUUCUGUGUUCCUGCCUUGAUUAUCCAGACUUUAUGUACGUUUAUUUCAAGAAAAAGUUGGAUUCUGUUUGUGCUUAGCCAAAUAGAUCAUUGUAUGUAUUGUUCUUGUAUAAAAUCUUUCUGCAUAGGCUAAAGAAUUCA